AUGGACAUAGUGAUGGACUACAUCAGGGAAUUUGACAUACGGCUCGAGAAGGAAAUGUUCUACGCCGGUGAGACGCUGACGGGCCAUGUCAUCCUUCACACGGUCGAGAACUUCAAGCUCAAGUCUAUCCGCGUUCUCUUGAGAGGAAAGGCACAUUCAGAAUGGAAGGUAGUGGUUUCUGGAGACCGUCGUGUUCUAAGAGACGACCAGUACAUCAUAGACGAUCGAGCAGUCAUAUGGGGUCAUGACAAGAUUGAAGGCCCAAUACCCAUCUUGCCAAGAGGCCUGCAUCAGUUCCCAUUCAGCUUUCACCUGCCAGAAAGUUCUCUACCCUGCUCCUUCGAGAGUAAACCUGGCUACAUCAGGUACUACAUCAAGGUAACUGUAGACAUUCCUUAUUGCUCACCUCCACAAGGAAUGAAAUAUUUCACAAUAAUUGGCCCACACAUCGACUGCAUGGAAGAACAAUAUCUGAAACCAAUGAUUGGGCAAGAUAAGAAAACAACGUGCUGUCUAUGUUGUCAAAAGGGACCAGUUGUCCUCAGAACAGAGCUGGAGAGAUCAGCUUAUGUAUCAGGAGAGGCUAUACGUUUGAGGACAAAUAUUGAUAAUCAGGGAGAAGAAGAAGUGAGACUUUUUAUUAAAUUAGUUCAGUAUGUAGAAUAUUUUAUUGAGAGAGGAGUGUCAGGUGUGACAAAGGAAAUAGACCACCUUGUUCUUGAAUAUAAAGGUGAAGCUAUUCCACCUUGUUCAAGUACUAAGUGGGAUUCAGGACAAGAACUUAUAUUACCGGUUGUUCCACCAUCCUUGGUGGGUUUGUGUCGUCUUCUACAGAUAUACUACGUACUCAAGGUAGGGCUAGAUUUUGAAAAAUCUGGAGAAGGUUUACAAAUGCAUUUUCCUUUAACAGUAGCAACUGUGCCUUUUAGAAUUCCCAAUUCCAAACAAGAAUCAGCCAUACAUUACAGUGUAGCAAGCAGUCAUGUUGAAGGUGGCAUGUAUGUAGGUCCAGAAUUCCUCCUUGGACAAGUGUAUGAUGGUACCAGUGUCAGGCCUGAACCAGUCAUCCUCUACCGUCCUCUAUAUGUGUGUGUCAAUCAGCACUGACUCAAUCUUCAAAUAAUUAAUUUAAUAACUUAACCAUAAUUAAAUUCAAAAAAAGUGUAUGCUAUCACAAGCCCCUUGUACACCAUCCUAAGAUAUAUUACACUGGUUUGUGAAGGCACUAUUAAUAAAAUUUAAAUCAUCCAUAGCUUGAAGGCCACAAACUUUAUUGAUAUAAUUAUCCUAUAAUACAAGAAAUUUGUGUAUAAUUGAUACAAAGUUUUUAAAAUGUCUAGAAGUAAAUUUUUUACCAAGUUGAAGACAAUGUGGUUCAUGGCGCUUUGUUUGAUUGAUAUAAAAAAUCCUGUAAUCAAAUCAACGAAAAAAGUCUUUAAAUAAUGAACUUUCUCAGGAAUAUUUAAGUUACCAUCCUAACGAUUUUACAUAUUAAAAGUAAGCAAUAUGAUUAGAAGAUUAUUUUUAUAAAUGUUCAAAUUUCACCUAGGAAACCAAAAUUAAAUAAUUUGGAUUUUAAAAAACAAAACAACAAUGAUAAAGAAAAGAGUUUGUCUCUUUCCAACCAAUUUGCUUAUAAUAAUAUCUUUAAAAAAUAAUCAUAAUGUACCUAUGAUUUUGGAAUUCUCAUUCCAUAACAAAAAGUUUAAUAUGUACUUAAUAUUCUAUUCAUAUCCAAAUAAGAAAAUUUUGCAUUUCAUACUAAAAUUAUUUAAGGCAACAAAUUAUUACAUUAAAAAAACAGUGUUGUAACAUAAUGGUCUUAUUUUAUUAUUUUUAAUACAUCUGGAUUUCGUAUGAAACAAGAAAUUUUUCUAGCAUCAUGUCUUAGUUGAAAAUAAUGAUUAGAUGCUAAACAUGUAAUUGAUUUGUGAAUAACUUGUUCAUUAAGAGAAGCUCCAAUUAAUAAUUAUAAAUAAAUAUAACUGUAAUAUUUAGUAUGCAGUGUUUUGUUCAUUUAAUCAUUAAUUUUCCUUUUUAUAAUAAAUACAUUUAAGACAACAUUAAUAAUCCAAAUCAUUAUUCAGUGUUUAUAAUAUUUUCAUGACUAUGAUUAAAACUACUUUAUAUGGAAGUAACACACUAAACAAUAAAUGGUACAUUCCUAAAAGUCGUAGUUUAUACAUUUAAGGACAAAUAACAA